AUGUCUUCAAGACAUCGAUUAGACUUGGAUGGUUCAGGACGUGGAGAUCGAAAGCGCUCGCCCCCACGUCACAGAUCCCGCUCUCGCUCGCCACAACGUUUCAACACAAAACCACAAAUCGGUGCAAUCGGCAAUAUGAAAGUGGCAAUAAACCCCUACAAUCAACAACCCUAUUCAAAUAGAUAUUGGACAAUUUGGGAAAAACGCUCACAACUUCCAGUCUGGGAAUAUAAGGAGAAAUUCAUGGAAAUGCUGCGAAAUUAUCAAUGUAUAACAUUAGUGGGUGAAACGGGUUCCGGAAAAACCACACAAAUUCCACAAUGGGCUGUCGAAUUUGUGAAGCAGCAAGGAUUAGGACAAACCGCAAAAUUAGUCGCGUGUACUCAACCAAGAAGAGUUGCAGCAAUGAGUGUUGCAACAAGAGUUGCUGAAGAAAUGGAUGUUGUUUUGGGACAAGAAGUCGGUUAUAGUAUUCGUUUCGAAGAUUGUAUUUCAGAAAGAACUAUUUUGAAAUAUUGUACUGAUGGUAUGCUUUUGAGAGAAGCUAUGAAUAGUCCACUCCUAGAUCGAUAUAAAAUUCUAAUCUUGGAUGAGGCUCACGAGAGAACUUUAGCCACUGAUAUUUUGAUGGGUUUGAUCAAAGAAAUCGUCAAAAAUCGUGCGGAUAUUAAAGUUGUUAUCAUGUCAGCCACUUUAGAUGCUGGAAAAUUCCAAAAAUAUUUUGAAAAUGCGCCGUUGUUGAGUGUUCCUGGUAGAACUUUCCCUGUGGAGAUUUUCGUAAGUUUUUGCCGCUCAAAUUUUUUGAAGUUAUCCUAACUCCUUUCCAGUUCACCCCAGAAGCUGAAAAAGACUACCUCGAGGCUGCUAUUCGCACAGUAAUCCAAAUCCACGUUUGCGAGGAGACCGAAGGUGAUAUUCUACUUUUCCUAACUGGUCAAGAAGAGAUUGAAGAGGCUUGUAAGCGAAUCGACAGAGAAAUUCAGAAUCUUGGUCCGGAUGUGGGAAUUUUGAAUUGUAUUCCAUUGUAUUCUACACUUCCACCAGCUGCGCAACAAAAGAUUUUCGAACCCGCGCCGCCAAAUCGACCAAAUGGAGCUAUUGGUGAGCAAUUUUGAAUUUAAUUUUCAAAACCACGUGUAAAUGCGGAACGUCGUAAUUUUUCUCAUAGAAAAUUUAAACUUUUUUUCAAAAAUUCUGAUUCAAUCUUUCGGAAUUCAAAGUUUUUCCUCAAAUUUUCAAACAUUUCUAUUUUCGCGCUUUUUUUCUAUCAAAAUUCCAGCGUCAAAUUCAGAAAAUUCAAAUUUUCAGGUCGAAAAUGUGUUGUAUCAACAAACAUCGCCGAAACCUCUCUAACAAUCGACGGAGUAGUCUUCGUCAUCGAUCCAGGAUUCUCCAAACAAAAAGUCUACAACCCAAGAAUCCGUGUCGAAUCGCUUCUCGUCUGUCCAAUCUCAAAAGCAUCCGCAAUGCAAAGAGCUGGAAGAGCCGGAAGAACAAAACCUGGAAAAUGUUUCAGAUUGUACACUGAGACAGCUUAUUCGUCUGAAAUGCAAGAUCAAACUUAUCCCGAAAUUUUGCGAUCGAAUUUGGGAAGUGUUGUGCUGCAAUUGAAGAAAUUGGGAACCGAGGAUUUGGUGCAUUUUGAUUUUAUGGAUCCACCUGCGCCUGAAACUUUGAUGAGAGCGUUGGAAUUGUUGAAUUAUUUGCAGGUAGGAGAUUUUUUCUAG